AUGGAUAUCAUUCUCGAGCUGUGGGACACCUUCAUUGGUGACCGUCUGUAUUCAGCGGUUCUACCGGCGUCACUCUCCUCCUCGGUUUCACUUCCGGCCUUCGCCAAUGCCGCCAACAGCACAAUGGCCCUCUUCGGGUCUCCAGAGCCGUUCGUCUAUGAGCAGGCGACCCAAAUGCUCUAUCUGGAGCCUUCCAAGUAUGCCUACUUGAGUGCCUGGCCGCGCAACAAUGUCUACCGUCAAUUCACCAGUUUCUUCCUGAUCACUUGGCUGUUUGGCCUUUUGGUCUACUUUGUCGUCGCAUCGCUUUCCUACGUCUUCAUCUGGGACAAGACCACCUACCAACACCCGAAGUUCCUGCGCAAUCAGAUUAGAAUGGAGAUCAGACAGGCUAUGGAAGCCAUGCCCCCAAUGGCCCUCCUCACAGCGCCCUUCUUCGUUUUGGAAGUCCGCGGAUUCGCAAAACUCUACGACACCACCGCGGAAGAGCCUUUCCCCUUCUACAGCCUCAUCCAAUUCCCCUUCUUCAUCUGCUUCACCGAUUUCUUCAUCUACUGGAUCCACCGUGGUCUGCACCACCCCCGCGUCUACAAGACCUUGCACAAGCCUCACCACAAGUGGAUCAUGCCCAGUCCCUACGCUUCGCACGCUUUCCACCCACUUGACGGCUGGUCCCAGAGUGUGCCUUACCACGUCUUCCCCUUCAUCUUCCCGCUGCAGAAGAUGGCCUACGUCUUCCUCUUUGGCUUCAUCAACCUCUGGACCGUCUUCAUUCACGAUGGUGAAUAUGUCGCCAACAGUCCCAUUGUGAACGGCGCCGCCUGCCACACUAUGCACCACCUGUACUUCAACUUCAACUACGGCCAAUUCACCACUCUCUGGGACCGUCUGGGUGGUAGCUACCGCAAGCCCAACGAGGAACUCUUCCGUCGCGAGACCAAGAUGGGCGAUAAGGAGUGGAAGCGCCAGGCGAAGGAGAUGGAGAGUAUUCUUAAGGAUGUUGAGGGUGAGGACGACCGCAGCUACUCCGCCGAUAAGAAGAAGGUCCUCUGA